CAGAAAUCAAUCGCUUCAAACUGUCCAUUCGUUGAACGAAAAAAGAAAAAAUUACGAGCAAAAUGCACUUCCUUUCUACCCUUGCCAGCCUGCUCCUCAUCGGGGUCACCACCACGGCGGCCCAAGACCAAUGCUCGACCUCCGUUGGCUCCAGCGAUAACACCAUCGUGCAGUUCGCCUGGUACCUCCAGGUCUUCAUCGAGCGCUUCUACUCCUCGGUCCAAAUCGACCAGAGCUUCAUCUCCAGCCUCCCCGGCGGCUCCCCCUCCAGCUACUCCAACCUCCAAGGCCUGCAGCAGCAGAACCGCCUGGGCCUUUCCGCCGUCCAACAGGUCGGCUCCAAAGUCCCCGGCUUCGAGACCCCAGGCUGUGAAUUCACUUUCCCCCGCGUCUCCAGUGGCAUUUCGUACAUCCAGAACGCCGCGAAGCUCGAAGCCGAUGUCGCGGGUGCCUUAAUCGGCCUGACGGCCUACACCCAGAAGCCCGAGCUGGCCUUCCUCUUCUCCCGUCUCGGGAGUGAGCACAGCGCCCACGCUGCGUGGCUGGGCGGCUACACUGGCUCCAACUCCACCGUCUUCCCGGGCAACAGCACCUCCCUGGUCCCCGCGUACACCCCCGACCACGUCCUCAAGUCCGGUAACCGCCCCGGGCAGCUGGGCCAGUACAUCCACGCAUGUGCGAGCGCUCCUUCUGGUCCCGGUGGUCAGGCAGUCGUUAUCGGUAACUUGGGCGCGACGCUAGUUGCGCCGUCUGCUAGUAGCUCUCUCGUUGCUGCUACUUCGAGCGCGAAGCCCAGCGGUCCUUUCGCUAGCGGUGUCUUCAGUGGCUCGCUUGCCACGCCUGCUUCUAGUACUUCUGUUCCUGGCUUCACCUCUUCCAGCGGUGCUGCUGCUUUGUCUAGCGGUGGUGGUGUCGGUGGUGCCGGUGGUUCGUCGAGCACCCCGGCUUCUAGCUCUGCUAGCCCUUCGAGCUCCUAAGCGUACUCUAUGGAUCAUGGCAAGCCUACGCGCUGUUGUCAAGCAUCCAGUUUGCAGCGCAUGCUCACAUUGAAAACUCUGUUUCUCGAUGGACAUGGAUCUGAAUGAGGACAUGUAUACUUGAUGAUAAUAUGUAAUUUGCUACUAUCCAUUAAUAAUACUAGUUUAAUGAAUGGUUUUUAUUGUGUUCUUGAUUGUAAAUUGUGGUGGUAGCUAUAAGCUUAACGUUCAAU